CUUUUUAUUUGUCUCAUAUCAGUCUCAUGGGGGUCUCUUCCUAUAACUGAGCACAAGGGACCUGGAUAUUACACCUGUCUGAGAGCAGCAGCCGCUGAUAAAGUUUUGUCUGGAAGAGAAGGAGUUACACAGAAGAGGAAGUUUUGUUGCACACAUUGGGGAUACUCAUUACCACUCUAUAACACUGGUUGUGGGUUUCAGCCACUUCCCGUGUGUAGAAGGAGAAGCAGCGAGACAGAGAGAGACAGAGAGACAGAGAGAGAGAGAAAGAGAGAGAGACAGACAUGGAGCUCUUACAGAGACAUCUCCCCCGGGUACAUGAGGUGCUGCAGAACGCUCUGAAUUACCUGGGCACUGUAACUGCACAGAUUUUUGGAGCCCCCCCACCUAAUUGUCAGCAUGAAAGAAAUGCCCACGCGGCCCUUGGCACCUCCCCAUCACAGCCGACACACCCCCUCGAGACCCCAACUCCUGGGCAACGAGGCAACGACAAAGGAACUGAGGAGACUGAACACCUCACACCCCAUGAAGACAACACAGUUUUUACAUCAGAUCCAGAGAAAGGGAACUGCUCUCCUGCCACUGACACUGGACAGGCAGACAUGUCACAUGCAGUAGUCGCAAAAGAUCUAAAUGUGGAAACUGAGCUUCAAAAAAGAGCAAAGAGGUACUUGGAGUAUGAAGCAUAUGAUGAAGGAACAAUCAGAGAUCUUCAUCUUCCCAAUGAAGAAUUGAGAAUUUACGGAGAGCCCAUGGCAAUCAAAUAUGAUCAAUUUCAAGCAGAAAAGUCAAGCAAACGCAUCGCUUUCUCAAAACACUAUCAACACAAGGAGAAAAAAGUGGAGUUUUUGUCAAAUGACAAAUGGCAGCAACACAAAUCUACCAACAAUGAAGAACUUAGCAAGGAUCCAACUCCUCCUGCAAAAAUUUCCAAUAAACCUGAAUUGAAUUGUGAAGAUUUAGAAAGUUUAGAUUUUGAAAUAAAUGAGCUGGAAACCAUGUCAUUGAAUGUAAAUGGGGGAUCACUAGAAGAUUCUGCAGUAACAGCACACAGAGAAGAAGUACCUCUGGAGGAGGACUACAAGCAAGAUGCAGAAUUAUCUGAGGUGGACAUUCUGUCAGCUGUUGAGCCAAAGGAUCAUUUAUCCAUCCUUGUUACCCAUGCUAUAAUAGAGAGCUCAGACACUCAGAUGAAUAAGGAAGACCUUAGCCAUGACUAUAUAAAAAAAGAAACCAAAUUAACAAAGGUAACCUUUCAAAAUGAUCCAGAGGGAGAUAUGAAAGAACAGCUCGUAACCUCAGUGUGGACUUCACAAAUAAACCCAGAUUCACAAUUGUCUCAAAAAGAAAAGAUCCAAAACAAUCUGGAUAUGUUAUCCAACACUAUUAAUGAAGGUCAGGCCACUUUAGAAGAAUCUUUUAGCACAUCAGAACAAUCACAACAGCUUGUUGAAGGGGAAAAUGUUUUAGAAGAGAAGAACUUACCUACUGAUGAACCAGCAGAGGUCAACGAAAGCAAAACACAAGAGGAAGAGACCAUGAAUACCAUUGAUGACCUAGAAGCAAUGGUAUCUAUUGGGAUUUCAAAAGAUAAUUUCAUUUACACAUCAGUAUAUCUAUCUCAAACUAGUUCCCAAGUUGAUACACAAAACAUUAAUGAGCAACCACCAGUAGAAAAGAAAAACAUUAUCAUACCAGCAGAGAAUUUAACAGAUCUCUUUGAAUCACAGAAAGAACUCAAUAUGUUAUUAGAUCUACUACCAAAUGUUCCUCAAACGUAUCUAGCAGAGGAUUGUAAGCAAACUCAUGUAAAGCACUCUACUUUGGAAGAAAUCCAAUUUAUUACCACAACAGGCCAGUCACAACAAUUUGUUUCAGAGGAAAAUAUUUCUGGAGAGAUAGAUCAAUCACUUUCAGAAGAUCAACCAAAAGUCAUUGAAAAAGACUAUGAGAUACAAGGUGAAGAGAACCUUCAGGCCAGUGAUAACUUAGAAGAAACAAAGUCCAUGGUGAUACCGGUUGAACUUCUCAAGGACCUAUCAGAGGAGCUACUUCUCACUUCAGCUCUUGUUAUUGAUAAUGAAAAAGAAAGGAUUGAUGAUCAAAUUGAGCAAACUUCCCAUAUAGAAAGAAAUGUUAUUGAAUCAGAUGACCAUAAAUCAGAGAAAGAACUUUAUUUGGUAUCAAAUGUUCAUUCAGACAUUACUCAGAGUCACACAAUGGAAGAUGUAAAGGGGAUUACUGGGGAAUUUGCAGUGGACCAGUCCCAUGAAUUAAUAGAACUUGUCAUGGAAACUAGUACAACAGAGCAAACACACUCCUCCUAUAUAGAAGAUCAAGAUGCACCAGUAGAACAGGUGGACGUAAGUGAUCUCAUACCUAAAACUGGAUUUAUACAAGAUUUAAAGCCGAUUGAACCAACCAGUCCAACCAGUCAUUUAACAGAAGUCAGAGUAACAGAAGAUUCUGACAUUCUGGGAAAUUUUGGUGCCUCUCCUGAGGUUAACAUUGUUAUCACAAGAGAUCAUGGUAGUUCAGAAGACAAGAGCUCCUCAGAAAUUAAAUCUUCAGUAGAGGAGAAUGCCAGUUGUGUUAAUGAUAAUGUACAUACAGCCGCAGAUCAGGAAGGAGAGAAUCUGGAAACAGCUACUGAAAAGCCCCCUGGAACUAAAUCUGACCUUUUGUCAGAGGCUGAGGAUGGAGAAGCGAAGACAAAGGAGACACUCAGCGAUCAAGUUGAGGGCACAUUGUUUCCCCAUAGCACAUUGGACCUGAGUGCGCAGAAAAGCAGAGUAAUUUUACGUAGGAAAACCUCAAUUCGCAAGCGACCAAAGCAGACUCUUCAUGGCCCUGAGACUGUUGAGCAACCUCUACUCAUUGCCAGGCCAAUGUUCCCAGUGAAACUUCCAAGCAUUGCCCCUUUGCAUCCAAAACCUGCACUACCUCCUGCUGAGGUCCAUGAAGAAGACCAGACUCCCACAGAGGGACUAGCCGUGAAGCCAAAGAAAGGGUUACCAAGGCUUCCCGGAUUUGGGGUCCCACAUCCCCAGAUGAUGCAAGAACUUCAGAAUCGCCUACAGAAGAAGAAACCCAACAAAUGACUUGGCAUUAGAAGAAGAGACGUUGAUUCCACUGAAUGUGGAACUAAUUGGUCCCUUAAAAGGAGUUACUUUCAACCUGUCCUUAGUGUUUACAACUGUCUCUUUUUAGGAUAAUUCCCCAACAACACAAAGGAACCACUAUGAAGAAGGGCAGAACAAUCUUCCUUGGUCAACAGUUCUUGUAUGGGUUGGGUCAUUCCCAGAGAAAGGUGAUCAGUUCUCCACUGCACUCAUGGUUUAGGCCUUGGAAGAUUUCUCAUUAUCAUUUUUUUGUAAAGAAGAUAUCAGGUUGGAGCAAUACGUUGAUGACAUUCUCCCUAUAUUUCUUAUUGGUUGACCUUUGUUUCUGAUUGUUUCCAAUUGAUCCAACCAUGGAAUAUUUGAUCCCCUGUAUUUAUCUCUUUGGACGCAGCCGAUGAACUGAGUUUGAUCUACUCCAUGGCAGAUGACUUGGAAAUCUGACUCUAAAGAUUCGGAUUAUUCACUAAAGUGAUUCCUUCCUUCAUGAGAUGCCACCAAACAAGAAAUUAUCCACAGUAAGAACAGCACCAUACAGAGAAGAAUAAAUGAAACAAUAUCAAUGACAGCAUUGUUAGCUAAUAUUAAUCGCUAUAAAAAAAUGUUGUUUCUAUAUAAAGAAAAUUUUCAUUUGAAUUCUUGUCGAUAUUAGAUAUCUAAUAAUCUAUAAGAAUUAAAAAUUCUUUCUCUA